GAAUAUAUUCAGAUGCUAAUGCCUCCAUUAAUACAGAAGUGGAACAUGUUGAAGGAUGAAGAUAAAGAUCUCUUCCCUUUAUUAGAGUGCCUGUCGUCAGUUGCUACUGCCUUGCAAUCUGGCUUUUUUUCAUACUGUGAACCUGUGUACCAGCGUUGUGUAAAUCUGGUGCAGAAGACCCUUGCACAAGCCAUGUUGCAUAAUGCUCAACCAGACCAAUAUGAGGCUCCAGAUAAAGAUUUCAUGAUUGUGGCUCUUGAUUUACUCAGUGGUUUAGCUGAAGGACUUGGAGGCAACAUUGAACAGCUCGUGGCUCGCAGCAAUAUCCUGACACUAAUGUACCAGUGCAUGCAGGAUAAAAUGCCUGAGGUACGGCAGAGUUCUUUUGCAUUGUUAGGUGAUCUGACAAAGGCGUGUUUUCAGCAUGUUAAGCCUUGCAUCGCUGAUUUCAUGCCAGUUUUGGGAACCAACCUAAAUCCUGAGUUCAUUUCUGUGUGUAACAAUGCCACCUGGGCAAUUGGAGAAAUCUCCAUCCAGAUGGGUAUAGAGAUGCAGCCUUAUAUUCCAAUGGUGUUGCACCAGCUUGUAGAAAUAAUUAACAGACCCAACACACCAAAGACGUUGUUAGAGAACACAGCAAUAACAAUUGGUCGUCUUGGUUACGUUUGUCCUCAAGAGGUGGCCCCCAUGCUACAGCAGUUUAUAAGACCCUGGUGCACCUCUCUGCGAAACAUAAGAGACAAUGAGGAAAAGGAUUCAGCGUUCCGUGGGAUAUGUACCAUGAUCACUGUCAACCCCAGUGGAGUAGUCCAAGACUUUAUUUUUUUCUGUGAUGCUGUUGCAUCAUGGACAAGCCCAAAAGAUGAUCUCCGAGACAUGAUCUGUAAGAUUCUUCAUGGAUUUAAAAAUCAAGUUGGGGAUGAGAAUUGGAGGCGUUUCUCUGACCAGUUUCCUCUUCCCUUAAAAGAGCGCCUUGCAGCUUACUAUGGAGUUUAACCUCAUGCACUGUAGCUGCAGUCCCAUAAUUAGAGGUCCUUCAGUCUGGGAGACCAUGAGGGAGCCUCUGCACCCAGGGAAAAUGUUACCCUUUACUGGGGGGAAGGGUAAACCAGUAGGGAAUACAGUACAAUCCCAACCCUACUGGGAGGGGCGGGAGGGAGGUGUUGCCGUCACUGUAUUAAGUCGAUGUUGGGGAAUGUUUUUAAAUCUGGGGCUGAAAUGUUUUAACAUCUGGAGCUUUUGUGGGUGGAAAUCUGUCUCCUAUUACAACUCUGCACUGGAUGUGAAGAAGAAAAAAAAAAAUCUAGUCACAAAACAGUACAUUCUGGAAUAUUGUGGGGAAUUGUACCAAAAGAACUUUAUAAUUGAACCAUAGGGGAUACGUAAAGAGGAAAACUUUUGCGCACAAUAAAGGAAACCUAAGAAUAGGGGUCAUUAACAGUAAAAGGCUUUCUUCUUUCUUUUGUGUUUUUUUGAGUAAGGGUUUUCUACAUUAUUUCAUCCUGCUUGAUAGGAUUCAUAGGUAUUUGCAUGUUAAUGAAGAACUACACAAAUGAAGUUAGUACAGUUAAAAUGCAGCUUGUGUCUGUAUUAGGAGCAAGCACUUGCAGUGUACAAUAUAGAAACACCACUAUAAAUGGAUAAAGGUUAACUUGAACAAAAUCAAUCAACCUGCAAGCUGCCAAAUGAGUCACUCCUUUCAUUUUGGGGAUAAGGGGAGGGACACAUUAAAGGAAAGAUUGACAUGUUGAUUUUUGCAUUAAAAAAAUAAAAUAGUGGAUAUGAUUUUGUUAUUGUACUUCAUUAGAUUUAAUUUCUAGAGUAAGGCAUUAUUCUUAACGUGCAGUUUAAGGUUCAGGCAUGUGUUCUGGCUCAUAGUGAUCAGAAGUAAUUUAAAUUAGUGGGAAAGUAGCAUGCUUGCAUCACAUAGAGUGAAAUUGGUAUACGUUUACCUAUGUUGCGCCAGUUUUGUGUUGCAGUUUACCAACUCAAUAUAGCCCUGCAUUUAAAAUUCCUUUCUAAGAUUCUGUGGAUUUAUUAAGAAUAUAGAUACAAAGUACUGUAGUUAACAAUUAGGCCUUGAAAUACCUUUAUAGGAUCUGUUAAGAAUAAGAUUGAUAUUGUAUUGUGUGUAACCUGCACAAUGUGGAAAGCUGAUAUAGCUGUGCAAAAUACUUGCCUCUGUGCUGUCAGUGUGAUGUGCUUUCUGCAUGGUUAUAUACUAGUGAUUUUAUCAGAAUCUCUAAAAAUGAGUUACAUGGUAAGACCCGUUAAAGGCUGCAUAAAUGUUAGUUGGCACGUUAAGACAAUUGUAGAAGUUGAUGAUAUGAUUGCUAUAUUUGUGUUUGUUCCCACUCAACAUAUUACCUUCUAUGCUUUCUUUAUGUUCAAAGCAUGAUCUUAAAGAGAUGUUUUGAGUUAAUGGAUGUAAUGCAGGGUAUCUACACUGUGUCGGCGCAUGUUGGUGGCCCUUUGUGAUGUAGUUAAAUGCACAAGGGUGCAAGUUUAAAGCUACAGAGUGAAAGUUGGUUUGGAUCCUCUUCAUUUCAUUUGUUUAGCUUUUGUGUUGUGUUUUUUUUUCUCUACUUACAUGUAUUCCUGUGAAUAAAUCCUGUUAAGUUAACCCUUUA